AGGACAUGGAAGGUGAAACAUUAAUCACUUUAAGCAACUCACCUGAGUCUAGAAAAGCAGUCGACACGAUUAGUAUUUUGGUCGUGGAUGAUGAUACGACGUGCCUCUCCAUCGUUGCUGCUAUACUCAAGAAGUUCAAGUAUCAAGUUGUGACAGUGAAACACCCAAACGAUGCUCUAUGCACGCUCAGAAUCAAGGGGGGCGCGUUCGAUUUGGUCGUGUCGGAUGUCCACAUGCCGGAUAUGAACGGAUUUGAAUUGCAACGAGCCAUUGCACAAGAAUUCAACUUACCUGUAGUCUUAAUGUCAGCUGACGACAAAGAGAGUGUUGCUUUACAAGGGUUGGAGAGUGGGGCUGCAUUUUUCAUAUAUAAGCCGGUGUGUCCGGAUGAUUUGAGGGAUUUAUGGCAAUUUGCAGCUAUGAAAAAGAAAAGUCAGGUUGUGAUUGAGGAGACUGGGAACUUCCCUGACGAAAAAACUUCCACAGACAAGAACAGUUCUGAUGAAAUGGCGAUUUCUGCAUCGUCGUCUGUCAGUGGAGAUGUGGUGAAUAAGAAGGAAUCGAAGAGAAAAUCCCCGCGAAAAGAGGGUUCUAAUGAGAUAAAAGGAGACAAUUCUCAAUCAUCUUCGCAGAAAAGACCAAAAGUUAUUUGGACUAAUUCGCUACACAACCGUUUCCUCGAAGCUAUUAGGAGCAUCGGCCUUGAUCGAGCUGUCCCCAAGAAAAUUCUCGAAGUUAUGGAUGUUCCAGGGUUAACCAGAGAAAAUGUUGCAAGUCAUUUGCAGAAAUAUAGGAUCUUCCUAAGGCGAGUUUCGGACGCAAGCUUCAAGAUUCAAUAUUCAUCCGAGAAGGGCUUAAGCAGGAACUACUCAAGUUUUCAGACAUCAGCAACAAGCCCUUCAACCCUAAUGCUCAACAGAUUCAGCAAAUUUCACUAUCAAAAUCCUGUCCAAUUUCCUGCUCAAAGUGUUGCUGCCUUGCCAAAUCUGGAAACUCCAUCUGGUAGUCUUAUUAGCCAGUCAGGAUUCGGACAAUCACGAUUGCUUUCCAACAAAGGAAAUUUGCUAAAACCCAACAUUGGAAACGCAAAUCUGAUUCAUCAGAAUGAUCGAUCAUAUGUCAGACUCGCGCAGAAUGAUUACCAGACGGCCCCCUCUAGUACCUCAAUCCAGGGGCAUCAUGCCAAUAUAUCCCUUGACGAUCCAUCAACUUCCCUGUCAGCCAGUUCUGAUUCUCCGUUGGUUGGCUCGACCAGGAUGAAUCCUUGUACUAGUUAUGAUCAUCCGUCUCGGACAACUAUUGGGACGCCAAAUAGCGUAUCUUUGGCCCCGUCGAAGAAUUUCACGUACAGGACGAACUAUGUGGGAUACAGUAUCUCGAACAUCAAACACCUUGCUGAAUCAGGACACAGUGAGAAAUACAAGGAUUUGAAUUCUUGCACGAGUACGAUAAAUUUUCCCAGCAAUGAGUUCCUGAGCAACAGUAAUACUGUUCUUGCUGCAGCAGGGCCAAACAACAACGUUAACUUCAACCAGUUGGCUCAUAAUCUGGGGGCUUGUAGCACUUUUGUGACUAACAAUAAUGGUGGAGAACAAUUGUCCGAUGUCGUUGCUGAUUACCUGCCCUCAAAUCUACCUUUGGUUUGUGGUACUGUGGGAAAUGGAGGGGACAUCAAUGAGUCUGCUGCUUUUAGUCCAAUGUUUGAUUUGUCUGAAUUCGAUAUCUUGUCAACUCAACAAGCCCUGGAGGAAACUGAUUUUGACACUACUUUCGCCGAUCAAGUGAAAAUUCAAAAUCAGACACAGCAGAACGGAGGUGAAACUAUUACAAGUUCCAACUUUUAUGGCGACAUGAGCCUCUGGGACAGCAACAUUCGAUCUUUUGGUCAAGCUCCGAAUCAGCAACAAUGCAGCCAAAGUUUGGUUAACUCUCAAGAUUUUGGAGCUUCAUCUCAACACAAUAAGACAGUACUUCUUCCACCCCCUCAGGCGCUAGUCUGUGAAGGUUUCGGCACUUCAUCCCAUCUCAAAGCCCUUCUAUCUCCUGCUCAUGAGCGCGAUGACGAUGAUUUUCUGGAAUCUUUACUUGCUCCAUUCGGAGAGGAUCAUCAAAACCUCGAAGGGAUCUAA